GUGACAAUCUUGCCGAAUAGAUAGCCCAUAAUUUUUUAUACGACUUUUCACUAUCUCUGACAACUCUACAAUCGUGAAAUGUUGUGAAUGAAAGGGAACUCGUGUCAGGGAACACCAAGUGCUCGCUGAUGACACGCAACAGCUGACAUACCGAUUAUUAUGUUAUAAACACCGAAGGUUUCCUCCUCCUCCUGAUAACGCGCAAGGACGAACGCGAAGGAGAUUUCGAAGUAAAUCCACUCCGCGAUAGCGCAAUACAUCAUUACCAGCAGAAUUUUGGGCGUUAAUGCUCAUAACACACGGAUGAGAUAUGCGGCAUCAAAUUAGGUCAAAAUCUCCGCGAGUCUCUCUAUCUGAUUCACUUGUCGCUACGAGCCGCAUCUGCCCACGUUCGAGAGAUGUCCGCGGUAGAGGCAACGCCGUUCAUCCGUACCAUCGAGUGGGACAUGAUGGACAAGACCAAGUUCUUUCCACUCAGCAUGCUGUCUUCGUUCUCAGUCAGAUGUUGUCUGUACCCUCUGACAGUGAUCAAGACUCGCCUCCAAGUGCAAAGACAAAAUCACAUGUACAAUGGUAUGGUAGAUGCAUGUAGAAAAAUUUAUAAAGUGGAAGGCGUCUCGGGUCUUUAUCGGGGUUUCUGGAUAAGCUCCAUUCAAAUCGUCUCUGGAGUAUUUUAUGUAUCGACUUAUGAGGGAGUGCGCCACUUGCUCAAACAAGAUACACCCCUUGGACGCGUUGACUCGAGAGUCAAGGCAUUGAUUGCUGGCGGUGCCGCCAGUUUAGUCGGACAAACGAUAGUCGUCCCUUUUGACGUUCUCAGUCAGCAUCUGAUGGUUCUUGGAAUAAAUAGUACCAAGCAUGGCAAAAUAUACGUAGAUAAAAUGGGAAUGAAUCCGUUAGGUGUGACCCUCGAAGCCGGAAAGACUCGCGCGCAAAUCUCCGCAGAAAUAAUAAAAUUGAUUUAUCAAAGGGAUGGUUAUCGCGGUUUCUAUCGAGGGUAUAUGGCGUCUUUAUGCGCUUAUGUGCCUAACAGCGCUCUUUGGUGGGGAUUGUAUACGGUUUACCAAGACGAGCUUAUAAGACUGCUUCCGAGCUGGUUCUCGCACUUGUGCAUACAAGCGAUGGCGGGCACGUUAGGCGGUUUCACGACCACGAUCAUCACAAAUCCUCUAGACAUCGUGAGGGCACGAUUGCAAGUGCAACGAUUAGACAGUAUGUUCAGCGCGUUUAGGAUAUUGUGGAUCGAGGAGGGAUUGCACAUGUUUACCAAAGGACUCUCCGCGAGACUCCUACAAUCUGCCUGUUUUAGUUUCUCAAUAAUCUUAGGUUACGAAACAAUCAAGAGAGUAAGCAUAACCGAAGAGUACAAGAGUUACGUUCGGUGGUGAACUUCAAAGGUACUAUUACGAUUAAUUAAUUUCACGCAGAUGGAACGGAUGAUCAUCUGUGAUUUUUUCUGACUGUGACGCGCCUCUUUCAAUGCAUCACUUUUUACGCAUCAAUGAAAAGGCAAUCACAAUUUAAUUGGCAUAAAAAAAAAUUCGUAAAAGGAGCUACUUAAAUUAAUUUUUCUUGGCUAUGGAAGUACUAUUAAGUUGCGUUAGGUAUUUAGUGUGAUAAGAGCUACCUUUCGUUACACGAACAAGAGUAAUAUAUAUAAUUGCAUAAUUGUAUUAUCAUUCGUCAUUCGUUUUGCGUCAUUCGCAAUUCGCAUCCAGUAAUUUGAUAUACCACAGCAAUCUCAUAAAGAGAAGGCUCUACAUACUUUGAUGUACAUAAAACAGUAGUUCCAAAAACAGCAACUAGGAAAGUAAUUUGUAAAUCAGGGUGUUUAUUCAAUUUUGUAAAAAAAAUUUAUAAAAAUUCCCGGAUUUUCCAGAAAUUUUAUUCAAAAUAAAGACAUUUUUAUAUAAUUUUUAAAAUAUAUAUGUAUUUUAUUUUGUUUUAGAAAAGCCUUUUUUGUUUUUUAAACAUAAAUUGUAGGAAGGUAUUAAGAAAAUAUGAACCGAAUAUAACAACCUGUUCACGAUAGAUGGAUUUAACUCUGAAAGUACAGAAUUCAAAAGAUGAUUAAACACAACGCCAAUUUAAAACGAUGUAUUGUUCUAUUGUCAUUAAUAUUUUUUUUAAAAACUUGCAAGUCAAAAAAUACAUGGAUAUGUACGUUAUAUUUAUUGCUAAUCGAUUUUGUAUUUUUAAAAAAUGAUCAAGAAUGUACAAAUUUACCAGGAAAAAAAGAUAGAACUUAGAAUUUAAGAUUUUCAAAAAAAAAAAA